GUAUGGCGGAUACGAAUUGGCACGCGAAUUAAACUGGAAACACGCAAGACACUUCAAAAAGACACCAAUUAAAGAAUGGACAGUAAAUGGUAAACGAGCUGGCCAGUAUACAAGGUCACAUGGACUAUCGUUUGUUCGUAUUUAUGAUGCAGGACAUGAAGCACCAUUUUACCAACCAGAGAAUUCCUUGUACAUGUUUGAUAAAUGGAUAUACAUGUAG